AUUCGUUUUCCAACCAUUUUAUUUCUUCUAAACACUAGGUUCUGCUAUCGUUAUCUGCGAGAACUCGCGUGAAAAAGAUCGAUGAUAGAUCACAGUUCGUUUCACCACCUUUUCGUAUCGUCAACUUCGCAGAAAAAUGAGAAAUAACUGUCACUGGUCCGUCAGACUGGCCGCGUUAUUGAUUUACUUACGCAUGGAACAGGAUGAUUUACGACAGUGCUUUAGGUCGCUGCUCGGAUAUUCCUUUCCGAGGACGCUAUCGAUCCGAACGAUUAGCACAAUGUUUCUACUCCUCAAGCCUGAUCGUUAUUCUCGUAACUUUUACAUCUUUUCGAUUGCAAUCUCGCGAACAGCCUCCUAUUUUUGUAGAUUUCUAUCAAACUGGUGCAUGAAUAUUUACAUAUAUGUGGUAUUAAAAUUCCCAUAACAGUUCCCUGUUCUAGCUUAAAACCGCUCGCAUCUGCAUGUGCAUAGAUAAUAUUCUUCUGUCUUCGACGUUAUCGUGCGCUAGCUUUCACGCGAGUGUUCUCUUCUUCUCGAGAUAAUCAACUAUUCCUAUCUGUGGUAUUAAUAGUAAAUAAAUGGUUUUUUCUAGCGAACAAGAGAUUAUUAAGAUGGAAUUUUAAAAGCCGCAGAACUACGUAGUGUCGUUUAACCUGAAUAAUUAAAAAUAGUCAAGGAGAUUAUAAAGCUGUUGUGCAGCUAAUGCCAUUUUCCUUUUAUAACAAACUUUCUACGAUAUUCCACGAAGAGGAAGGAAACGAUAAGUCUCCGGUGUAGCGUUAGUUAAAAUAAUAAUAAAUACGAUAUAAAAUACGAUAGAGACGAAGAGAAAUGUUAUAUUCAACGUAUCUGAUCCCUCUCGGUGUUUUGCUUUUAUUAAAAUCCUCCACUUCGGCGGAACACUCUCGGAACCACGAUAAAUUCUACUCGUCGAUCGAGAGCAAGCCCUUAUCUAGCCAGGAGACUGACAACCUGAGGCUGGUGUUGAAUUUCAUUCGCCAAUCCCCUGAGUUUCAUCCGCUCACGUUCUCCGUAAUACUGCCGGAGUUUCAAUCGAGCUUCAUCGAAUUUUUGCUGAGCUAUAUCGGGCAGAAUUCGAUCGAGGCCUACAAAGUCAGGGCGAGGGAUCUGUCCCUGAAGGCCACUUGGAUAAGCCGGCUACGACUCACUUGGAUCUUCGUCGUUCAAGACUUGUCCAGUUUUAACAUCUUCGUUUAUUGGCAAUGGAAUCUGUGGAAAGCCGGAAACCAGUAUUUGAUUAUCUUCACUGGAAAAGUAGUCACCACGCUCUGGACGGAGGCUUUCACAAACUUGUGGAGAAAGUACGACGUUCAUCGAAUCGUCGUUGUCGACGAUGAUUUUCGAUGUCUGACCAGGUACAUGCCGCUCGAGAAACGAUCUAACAAUGACUUUGGCAGGGUAUACAAAUCAUGUUUGAAGAAAAAUCAUCUUACCAGGCGAUCCAGCGAGUACGAUCUUCUUCAAAAUCCGCCAAAAGGUAAUAAUUCGGGAUAUCCAGACGAGAUUCUUCGACUGAACAGAGAUACAAGGUUAUUCGAGAAUUUCCAAAACUUGAAUCAUUAUCCCCUGAACGUGCUGGUGUUCGAGUCUCUGCUGAUGAACGUUUCAUAUGAUACUCGGAAUAGACUGGAAUUGAGCAAACCAGACGCUAACGUGGCGUUUGCUCUGGAGAAGGCGAUGAGGGCAACAUUUCGUAUAAAAGCUAUGAGGAAGGUUGAUUUCAUGGAUGAUCCAUUCGCUACUUCGUUGACAGGCAUCGAGACUAGAAACGUGGACAUGGUUAUCACCGGAUUUUUCGUCAAGGUUUAUAGCAAAUUUCGAAAGUUUCAGUUCACCUGUGCCAUGUACGAGGACAAGCUGUGCUUCGUGUCGCCCGAUUCUGGUCUGGUACCCAAGGCUUACAUGCCUUUCUUACCGUUUCAGAAGAGCUUAUGGUUUCUGCUAAUAGCAUAUAACAUUACGGUUACGUUCCUGUGGUGGUUGGCGAGACACGUUAGCGAAUCGUUGCGACGUCAAUACAAAUGUGCCAAUCCUAGUCGACGAUUAGAAAUUAAUCGUUCAACGAGAAAACCACAAGCACGGUAUCUUUCCAAAAGUGGAAUAAAAAAUUAUUUUCUAAUCAAAGAACAUCGUUCCUCUGAUGUAUCUAAUUACAAAGAACCACCAGAAAUUCCCCGAUACAUCAAAAGACCGAUCAUUUUUAUCGAGCAUCUUACCUAUCCCUUUCAAACGAGCGAAAUUCCAGCGCAGAGAGCUCUACUCCUCGGCACCCUAUUUUUCGCUCUUAUCCUCAAUGGGCUGUAUCAAAGCGUGUUGGUAUCUAGCCUAAGUAAACCGUUCCAUUACCCUCAACUACAUAAUCUAGAAGAUGUAGUAGAUUCUGGAAAGAUCGUGAUCACCAAGUAUGCGAAUCUGAAGAACGUGUUCCUGGACGAUUCCGAACUAGACGCGAUGCUGGUUCAGAGAAUUCGUGUGAUUAACACUCAACGAUCUACGAAGGAUAUUGUGGCGUACGAAGAUAAAAUCGCCAUCACCAGAUAUUACACGUUGGAGCUCGGAGAUUCCGACUAUUUGGACAAAGAAGGAAAUCCCCUAUUGAACUUGGUGGACGAAUGUCCGAUGAAUUAUAGAGUGUCUUACGUGUCACGAUUGCAUUCACCUUACGCAGAGAAAGUCGAUUUUGUGUUGUUAAGGUUGAGAGAAGCGGGUCUGCUUAAUUUCUGGUUCGAUGAUAUGUUGUAUCGUAUUAAGAUAGCUAAGAUAAAGAAAAGGAGAUUGAACAAGGAUAUGGCGGCGAUGAAGAGCUGGAUGAGCGGCAGGAUCAGAUUAUCGCUGGAUCAUUAUUUAUUAACGUUCUUAUUGCUGUUCGUUGGCCUGUUUGGAUCUACCGUGAUGUUCUUCGUGGAACUGUACAUCGCGAAACGAAGCACAAGAAAAUGUUAAAAUAAACAAAAGGAAUGCUCGUUUCAAAACUUAUUUCUUUUAGGGGAAAAUUCAAACCGAGAAAUUGCUCGUGACCAGAAACAGAGAAAAAAUAUAAAAUAUGUAUUUUGUUUGUUGGUUGUGUAACAAAAAAGUUUUACCACUAUCGUGCAGUCAACACGAAUUUUUCUAUUUGGAUUUAUACCGCGUAUUUUCAAUGUUGACAUCCCACUAACGGUUUGAGUAGACCAACAGUUUUUUCCACGAUGAAACAAUUUCUGACAUUUUUUCUACUUGCUUCUUAUUUUCCCAUUUGUUUGGUUUUCCAGACGGAAUACUGGUAAAUUUAAGAAUAGAACAGCUGGUGAUCGGCCGAAUCGACGAUUUGUUAUUUUCGCUUGAACCAAUCCUUCUUCGCGUCGUUGAGACACGAGCGAUCCUAUCUAUUAUUUGUCUCCAUUCAUCUACUUGACAUGAUAAAAGGAAAUAUCUUUUGACCUACUUUAAACAGAAACAGAUCGAUAAUUGUUUUUUCUAUUAUCUAUUAUAAACGAAGAAAUAAGAAAACAAAAAAUGUACACUCGUUGCUUUCGAUCAAGCGACUUAAUCAACCGAAUCAUUAAUUAUACAGGUCGCAUCGUGAAGAUUGAUUAAUAAUUAAGCCGAUGUACUAACGAGGUUCUAUGUACAUCGUUAUUAAUGAGAAGCAAUUAAAAGUGUAUGUAAAUCACGGCUAUAAUACGUCAAAUGCAAUUUGAUAUCGUGACGUUUGGUGCAUUAAUUAUAAUAGAAGCGUUUUAGAAUUAUUAUAAAAUCACGCGAACGAUGGUCGCACCUCGAUGGAUUUAAUAUUCUAAGCACGUACUUCGUUUCUUCACAGCAGAUGCUCCGCUAAAUGCGAUUAAGUUGUACCUGUCUGUGUUACGAGAGUGUUUCUCUGAUACUCUUUUUCCCGUUGUCCUCGGAAACGAUUGAAUCUGAAUCUGUUGAAAUAAAUCAGCGCGAUCAGAGAACGAAAAUCUCGUACCCUUGCAGAAAACAUAGUCUUUAUGCAAUUUCCUACACGACUGAUUUUGCUUAUUCUUUUAUACUGCUCAUACUGUUCGUUUCUAAUUUUCAUGUAUACAUCGAUACAAUAGUCUGGUGAUAGUCAGUUUGUCGUUCCAUAAAUGAAUUCGUAAAAGCUGUUAAACUGAAUUAUAAAUAG